AUGGAAAUCAUUGAAAUUUCGUGUCCAAUCUGUUUGAAGAUUUAUGCUGACAAGUUGAAUCUGGAGAGACAUAUCGAGAGGAUACAUGUGAGAAAAGUUAGAAAUGCUCAGAUGAAAAAGGAGGAUCUGGAGAGGAGAAGAACUGUGGUGUGUCCUGUGUGUUGUACCUGCUAUACCACAAGAAAUGUGGUCAAACGACAUCUGGAAAGAAUCCAUCAUGCAACACCAGAAUUCAUACAAAAUUGGCUUUCAGAAACAAGUCCAAAGGGUGAAAAGUACAACUGCCAGACUUGUGGAGAGCAUUACCUGAAUCAUACGUUUCACCAGAAUCGGCAAAUCGAAAUACAUCAGGAUGAAACUAAAAAACAUUUCUGUCGCUUUUGCCGUCGAUGGUAUUCCUCGAAACAAGUCCUUUACCGACAUCAAAGAGCCCAACAUCUGAAAGAGUUUGCGAUCGAAGUGAAAUUGACAAAACCCAAGAGUUUUAUGAUCAGGGAUAUUCUUGGAAUCGAGUAG